CGCCGAUAACCCAAUCCCUCGUGCCCAGCCAUCGAGUGCAGUACUACUGUAGGUAGUGUAGCAAGGAACAACGCCGGCAGAGUACCUGGUAGUUCACUCUGUACCACAAUUCUCGACCGUUAAUCUAAACUCCUUCCCGUCCCUGCUUCCCCUCCUCAACCGCGGCGCGACGCGAGUCCCCUUUUGUUUAGUUAAUAGUUUACGAGUUAACGCAAUCUCCGGAUCUCCCAAUUCCUCAAUCGCCAGCUGCUCCUCUCGAAGAAGCCAUAGCGUCGCGAGUGACCGCAUCUCAUCUCAACGGCAACACUAUCACAGACACAUUUUGGGGGCUGCGACGCGGCGCAGGAACGCCGUGGAGGAACGCGAUGCCUUCGUCUCUCGAAGACGUCCCCGACGAGAUUAUCCGCCAUAUUCUGCUCUACCUCUCGCCAGAAGACACUCUCCUGAGCUUCCAACGACUAUCACGCCGAUUUCACCACCUCGCAAACGAACCCCUGCUGUGGAAACAGCACUGCCAGCUCUCGUUCAGCCACUGGGGUCCGGAACACAACUUGCAGGAGAAGCUCAAGGCGCGCGCGUCUUCAGUCGACUGGAGGAACUUGUGGGCCACAAGGAAGAAAAAGAAUAAGAGGAUUGCGCAGCUCUUGGACGGUGUGAUCUCGACCAAGGUCGGCCAGCUGAAAAGGCUACAGGAGAUCUGCACUCUGGGAAUUGAUGCAAAGGACUACCUGCUGGAGCAAUGCCAUGUCGACGAUUCCGCAGAGGAUUUCCUAGCCAGAAGGUAUUAUGCAAGCGCGCUGCUAGAUAGCAUACAUAAGGGCUUAGCAGUGGAUAUGUGGUGUCGGUAUCAGGGGCAGGCGUUGAGCUCGCAGCACCUCGACAUGGCGCUCGCCGGUUUCGAUAUGUUUGUGCUCCACGACCGGGAGCAAGAUAUCGACUAUGUUGUUCGGACUCUUGAUUCCCUCGCCGAGGAGUUCAGGGCUGAGCACCCGGCGUUUGAGGACCUAUCCACCAGAGCGAAAGCUCUGACUCUGCUCCGCUGGCUGAGAGCUAAGAAUCUGACCGGCAUGGACCGCCCUGAAAUCAACUACCGUAAUUUGAGAAACUGCUUCCUCGGCCAUGCACUCUCCGAGGAGGACCAUCCUUCCCUCCCUCUCAUUUCGAGCGCCAUCUUCACCUGCAUCGCUGAGCGUUUGGGCAUGACCGCCUUUUGUCUCGCUUUUCCGAGCCACGUUCACGCAGCGGUCUAUGCUCCGCCCGGAAAGGACCUCGAUGGGAAUGACACGGAGGAUGAGGAUGGCGAGAGGAAGAGGAUGUGCCUCGACCCGUACGGGUCCGAUCAUGAGGUGACCCUCAGCGACCUGCGCCUUAAGCUGGUCGACUUCGGGUGGACGCAGGGAAUCGAAGACUUCCUCAGGCCCACCCCUGUGCCGAUCAUUAUCCAGAGGAUGGCUCAGAAUAUCAAGGCAACGCACGACACGAUCCUCAACCUGGCAGACAACCCGAUACGGGCCGCUGAAAUGAAGCGGCUUCGCAGCGGAUAUCCGGGCCUGAACUUGGACGCCGCCGUGUACGCCUCCAUGUGGGCUGAGCUCGUCAUGAAGCAGACGUCCAGCCGCCACUGGGACUCAAACCUUGUCCCCUUCCUCCAAAAAUUUGCGCUCUCUUGGAGCGAGGACGUCUGGAUCGUCAAAAAGUACCUCGCACCGCUCUACAACAAGUUCGUGGCUUCCCAAAAUUUGCCUAGGCAGCGGACUGGUUGGCAUAACGUGAACGAUAUCAUCCGGAUGCUUGAGAACAUCGACAACCGAUUGCCCGAGGUCAACCGACGGUAUACCGAAGAAAUCACGGCGCGCGUGCACUAUAAGAUCGGCCAGGUCUUCCGCCACCGGCGCUACGGGUACAUUGGCAUCAUCAACGGCUGGGCGGCGAUGGGCUGCACUACAUUGCCAAUGCCGCAUUAUCUGGAUGCCGCCGAGGCAGAGGAGGAGGGCGACGUGAUCGACCCAACCCUGUCGGUGCGCGAGACGAACAUGGGUCCGCUGAGGACUUACUAUACCGGCCUGUAAGUUGCCUCCUUGAUAUUCAUUGCCCCCA